CACAGCCUCGGGUCGGGACCUCCGACGCACUGCACACAGGUUGUCUUCAAGCGCCACAACGGCCGGCCGGGACCAUACAGCGGGGGGGUGUGAAACGUAAUCCAGACCCCAGCGGCACAAGUAAUUUUGGAAGUCGGACUAAAGCAGCAACCAUCCACAAUUUCCACGGAGCAAUUCCUCAGGAGGGCGGAGGUUGCCUGUUCUUUUUCCAGGGGUACCACUCACUCAUUCACACACCCCCACCUCCUCUUCGGCAGCAUCCGGAGCAGGUUUUCUACUCCUUUCUAGUGUGUACGAGCAACAGGUUGACCAGCAGGGCGAAGGAGAAGAGAAGCCAGCAAGUUUGCCCACAAUGCCGAGCAAAAGCCAAUAUUUGCGCCCCAGGCUGUGCGUGCUGGAGAAAGGGGACAACGGCUACGGUUUUCACCUCCACGGGGAGAAAGGUAAGACCGGGCAGUUCAUACGGUUAGUGGAGCCAGAUAGUCCGGCUGAGACGUCGGGGCUGCGCGCCGGGGACCGGCUGGUGUUUGUGAACGGGGAGGACGUGGAGACCGAGAGCCACCAGCAGGUCGUGUCCCGGAUACGCGCCACCGCGGGCCGGCUGGAGCUCAUAGUGAUCGACCCGGAGACCGAGCAGCUGCUGAAGAAACACAACAUGAAGUGUCUGAAGGAGUAUGUCACGGAGGGGGUCCCGUUACCGUUUGACGACGAGUCGGAAAACGGCGACGAGAGGCGCGCAGCGGAGGCGGAGGAGGAGGAGGUGGUGGAGGUCGAGGUGGAGGUGGAGGUGAAGGCGCAGGAGGAGAGGGAAGAGGAGGAGGAGGACAGCACACCGAGGGAGUCCACGCCGGUCCCGGAGAGCAACGGAGGAAUCCACGGCCACGUAGAGAAGAAGCUGAGCAUAAGCUCUGAGAAGGAGGUGUGCAAUGAGCUGCGGCCACGUCUCUGCGUGAUCCGGCGAGGGCCUAACGGAUAUGGCUUCAACCUGCACAGCGAGAGGGCACGGCCAGGCCAGUACAUCAGAGCGGUGGACGAGGACUCCCCAGCUGAGAGUGCAGGCCUCCUGCCCAAAGACAGGAUAGUACAGGUGAACGGCGUGCCGGUGGACGGGAAGACGCACUCGCAAGUCGUGGCUGCCAUCAAAGCGGGCGGGGACGAGACGCGUCUGCUGGUGGUGGACCCGGAGACGGACGGCUUCUUCAAGAAGUGCCGAGUGGCCCCCGCCGCGGACCACCUCGCCGGUCCACUGCCUGAGCCUGUCAUUAAUGGAGACGUGGAGGAGAAGGUGAACGGUAGAGUGGCCAAAGAGGCAGAGAGGGACUCCAAGCUGUCAGUCAGUCCGUCUCCAUCCAACGCCUCCUCCAACACCUCACUCACAACCCCGCCCACCAACACCCCUCCUGAGGAGUCCGAGCAGAUGAUCACAGACACCAUCCCGGCCCUGAACCUGACGCUGCAGCAGGUCAAAGAGCGCGCUCACCAGAAACGCUCCAACAAGAGAGCCCCGCCCAUGGACUGGACCAAGAAAAAUGAGCUCUUCAGCAACCUAUAAGGCACCUCAGUUCCCUUCAGUACACUCUCUCUCACACACACACAUACACACACACACUCACACAGACACAUUUUUACUGUAGCAAUACUUACCUAGACAUCAGAAGAAAUAUGUUUUUUCAAACCCUGUAUUUGUCCUGACUCAUUUGCGCAUUAAAAGAGCAGUUGGAGUAUUGGCGAGGGAGACUCUGUAAAAUAUAGUAUCCUUAUUUGUAUUAUUUUUCUUAUUCCUAUUAUUAUAUUCCAGAUGCUAUAUAAAAGAUGCGCUACUAACAAUGAAAGACGCAUAUGCCAAUUUUGGAAAGAGAACUAGAUCAGAUUAAAAAAAGAAACUUAUGUGCAUGUGUGAAUGUGAGUGCAUGUGUGUGCUUGCAUGAGUGUGCAUAUGGUAAUAUGUGAUUGUGUGCGUGCGUGCGUGAGUGUGUGUGUGUGUGUGUGUGUGUGCUCAGUGGACCCUGACAGUCCCUGCUGGCCAGAGUCUGGUGCCUGUGGAAACAAGGAGGAGUUGAUCGUCAUGCCAGUUUUAGUGACGCGCUCCUCCUCCUCCUCAUCAGCCUUUUGUGUAAAGUGCGUACUAACAUCAAAGUGUCUUGUGUUCGAGUGACAACGGGACCAGCCGCCUAAAAAACAGCCUGACAAUCAGUUAGUUAACCUUUGACCUAUCAGUUUGUAGCGAUCGAACAGCUGACAGGGGGCUGGGUUGAAUUCACUUUCAGUUUAUUCAUUUCAAAAUGUCACUUCAUGAUGAUUCAUGAGGCAUCCUUAGAGACUUAUUCAUAGGUCGCAUAUAUUUUCAUAAUGCAUUUCAUUAAUUACAUGAAGUUCAUUACAAAAUAAAAUUGCUCAUUCUUAGAAAGUUAUUUCUGGUGUGAAAACAAUGCCCUCUAUUUUUGUAUAUAAUAAUAGAUUUAAUAAUGUAUUCUGUAUUCUUGAACUAUUGACAGACUGAUGAUUUUCAUUGAAAUUUCGUAAUUUAACCCAACAUAGCAUGUGUAAUGUAUAUUAUAUUACAUAUUACAUCUAUAUUAUAUAUAUUUUUUGAUUUGGACAAACAUCCCACUUCCUGAAUUGACUGAAAGUGAAGUUAACCCUGUAUGUUGCUGCAAUGCCAACCACUUUUUAUCCAUACUUUAUCUGGAUAGAUGCUGUCAGUUGGUGCAUUUAUUUUUCCCAUACCAGUCUUUGAUUAAAUGUGAAAUAUGUAAGUAAGUUAUAUCGUCCAUACUUUGUAAUAGCAUUGCCAUGGUGACCAUUGUAAAUGGCUGCUCGGUUCACAUUUCUAGCGUUCAGUCGAUAUUUUUAUUACUACUGGCAAACUGCUUUAUGAGAUUUUUACACAUUUCUAUAGAUGUCUUAAAAACAUAAUUAUGUAACUUUGAUAUCAUGUAUGUCUAAAAGAAUGUCUGUGCUGCAUUAUAUUUUGUGCAUUUGUCCAGUAUUGAGAAUGGUGAUGAGUUUCAAAGUGAUUGACAAUGAUUGAAUUAUAUUCAGAGGUUUUUGUAGCUUGUAUAAGCAGCGUGUGAUUGCUAUACUGUAA